UUCAUUCUGCAUCAUCAGUGUCAGUCAGGCUGUUUAAAUAACACAAAAGGACACAGUGCUGUAGUGUUCCCAUAAAUUAUGCCCGUUAAUCUGGAAAGGGAAUAUGAAAACGAAUGCCUUCAGUAUGACACCACACGGAAAGUAGACAAAACCCGCUUGACAGAUACUCGGUAUAGAGGAUUGUUAAGGCUGAAUGCACUCUUUCUUGGUGUGAUAUGUAUUCUUCAAGCAACUCUCAACAUCACCCUGAGACUACACUUUAAUCCUGAGGCUGAGGCUGACCUGUUAAACACAAGCUACUACAACCUCACUAAAGAUAAGCUGUGGACCCGUUACACCAACCUGGAUAAGCAGAAAGACCAGUUACAGACAAGUUACAACAACCUGAUUAUGGAGAAAAAACAGUUACAGACAAGUUUCAACAACUUGGUUGAGGAGAACAAGCAGGUUCAGUCAAGUUACAACUACCUUGAUACAAAAUUGAAAAAACUCCAUCAAAUGUUUCCUAGAGUAGUUGAAAUCAUCAGUCUGGAAUGGAAACCUUUUAACACCAGCAUUUACUACUUCUCUACUGAAAAGAAGAACUGGGUUCAGAGCAGACAGUAUUGCAGACUGAAAGAGGCAGAUCUAGUGAUCAUAAACAGCCAAAAGGAAGAGGACUUUAUCAUCGAACUGCUGGGAAACAAAUCUGCCUGGGUUGGGCUGAUAGAUAAAGACAAAGAGAAGGAGUGGAAAUGGGUCGAUGGUACAGUGUUCAGAACAGGGAACUUGAGUCUGGAACAACCAAUCGAUGGGAAAAGUAAACCCCAUGCUGGGAAAAUUAGCAUUGAGGCAGAAUGGAAGAAGACCUGGAUCUCCAUGCCUUGUGCUCAUGAAGAUUGGUGGGUCUGUGAGAAAAUUAUUUUUGAGUGAAUCUUUACAAGAACUAACUAGAAAAAAAAAGGUCUCACUCAAAUCUAUACAGCAGAAGAUGAAAUUGAGAUCCUAUUCUGUCUAUCCCUUCCUUAUAUAUAUUUUUUAAAUUUAUGUGCUUUUAUUCUGAUCAAGUUGUGUAAGUGAUCUAAUUUCAUCACAAAAUCUCUUCAUGAUCCAAAGUGAAUAUAUGUCACAACUUGGGGAGAGAGGAAAAAAGGAAAACAAACAAACAAACAAACAAAAUUAGGAAAAGUUUUAAAUAAAUGUUUAAUUUUAGAUUAACGAGGGCCCACUCUCCU